AAUCUACGUCUUCAUAUUUACAGUUCUCUUGUUUAUAUAUCUUUCUUAACAACACAUUUUAGAGAGAACCACCACCACCACCACCCAUCACCACCGCGCCGCCACCAUGGAAAUGCCAGAGCCAGCAGUAAUAAUAGUCGGAGCAGGGCCAUCCGGCCUCGCCACGGCCGCCUGCCUAAACCGCCUUUCGAUCCAAAACAUUGUUUUGGAAAGAGAAGAUUGCUUUGCUUCCUUGUGGAAGAAAAAAUCAUAUGAUCGCCUCCACCUUCACUUAGCAAAGCAAUACUGUGAGCUCCCUCACAUGUCUUACCCCAAAAACUCCCCAACCUAUGUAUCCAAAAAACAGUUCAUACAAUACUUAGAUGACUAUGUUGCUCAUUUCAACAUUAGUCCUAUGUACAAUAGACCCGUUGUCUCCGCAGACUACGAUGAAGUUUCACAGAAAUGGAAAGUUAAGGUUAGAAACAUGGUUUCCGACGAGGUCGAGGAAUAUUCAGGCAAGUUUAUGGUGGUGGCGACAGGAGAGACUAGCGACGAGUUCAUACCGGAGGUGGAAGGGUUGAGAAAUUUCACAGGGGAGGUUAUUCAUUCCACACUGUAUAAGUGUGGAGACAAGUACAGAGAUAAAAGGGUUUUGGUUGUUGGGUCUGGGAAUUCUGGUAUGGAAAUUGCUUUCGAUUUGUCAAAUUAUGGUGCCAAGACCUCCAUUGUCGUUCGAAGCCCUCUUCAUAUAAUCUCAAGGGAAAUGGCAUAUUUGGGGUUAGUAUUGUUGAAAUACAUACAAGUUUCAAUUGUGGACUACUUGUUGGUAUUGCUAAGCAAGCUAAGGUAUGGAGACCUAACCAAGUAUGGGAUUCGAAGGCCUGAGGAGGGUCCCUUUACCCUGAAAGUCAAGUAUGGCAAAUACCCAGUCAUUGACGUUGGCACCUAUAGCAAGAUAAAGUCCCGCGAAAUUCAGGUGUUGCCAGCAAUUACAAGCAUAAAGGGGGAUGAAGUGGUGUUUCAGAAUGGCAAAUCUCAUCCCUUUGACGCCAUUGUUUUCGCUACCGGCUUUACUAGAUCUACCCACAAAUGGCUUAAGGGAGACAAUUACUUGCUGAACAAAGAUGGGCUUCCAAAGCCCAGUUUUCCUAACCACUGGAAGGGGCAAAAUGGAUUAUAUUGUGCCGGACUAGCAAGGAGAGGAUUAUAUGGAGCUGCAAUGGAUGCCCAAAACAUAGCCAAUGAUAUCAAGUCAGCUCAGUGAUUUGCAACUAAUUACAUACAAAUUUGUAGCACCACGUUUCUCAGUAUUGUUCUACUAAAUAAAGAAAAAUGCCUCAUACACCCACUGGGGGUGCGACCCCCACUGAGAGUAUGCAGCACUGCUGACCAAAUAAAAGGGUGGAAGUCAACUCAUGUUACAGUUUGUUCAAGAAUACAAUAUAAAUUUUUUUUUAUGAUUCCCAUACUUUUUAUACAGUUUGAUGUGACUAAUGUAGCAAAACUACUAAAGAGGCUCAGAUUUCGAUCAAUGAUCCUGAAUCCCAGAUCUUUACCCUUCCUUAGAUUUCCAAGACAACCUAUUUAGGAUA